CGCGCUCUCAGCACGUGCUGCGGCGGACACUUGCGGUCUCGUGCAACCGUGUUCCAUUUGUGCGAAUGCGCCUUUGUCUGCCUGCUCGCUGUUGUUGAGAAUUUUUUUUUCCUGCAAACAUUUCGUUGUCACCGGGUCUGUUUUAUAUUGAGUGGGCCUAUCGUAUCUUGCUGGCAGCGGCCAUUGGCCACGAGGCGCACAUCUGACGAGCCUCGCGCACCACGACCGUCGUUCGUGCUGUUACGCUGUAUCCCCUGUUAUGGCAGCCGCUUCGAAGAAUGGAGAUUACGAGUGGAUUGAGGAAGAAGAUGACGUUCCUCCGCCUUCGCAGCCGACUUCAGGAUUCAGGCGUUACGGCGAAGGAGGCAACCUCGGCGCCGCGUCUGGUAGGGGCCGUGGCCGGUGGAACUAUGAACGACCCAAUGCGCCUCGCCCGGAUUCCGAAGUGAUCACGGUGUCAGUCAAGGAUGUUCCCAGGAUCAUCGGCAGAGGUGGUUCCCGGGUCCGCGAGCUUCAGGAAUCAAGUCGUGCGCACAUCUGGGUCAAGAGAGACGACGGAGAUUACUUUGAAAGCAAGAUCGAACUCUCGGGCUCUGAAGAGGCGCGUCGCAAAGCUCGCGAGCUCAUCGACGCGAUCGUCCAUCAGCCGCGCCCAGAUUCUGAAGUGAUCACGGUACCAGUCAAGGAUAUUCCCAGGAUCAUCGGCAGAGGUGGUUCCCGAGUCCGCGACCUUGAGGAUUCAAGUGGUGCACGCAUCUCCGUCCAGAAAGACGACGGAGAUUGUUUUGAAAGCAAGAUCGAACUCUCGGGCUCUGAAGAGGCGCGUCGCAAAGCUCGCGAGCUCAUCGACGCGAUCGUCCAUCCGCCGGAAGAGCCAGCAUGCACCAGCAAAAGCGAAGAACGCGAAGAACCGCGGCCUUUGGUUGACUGGGACAAGCUGCGUGCCCAGAGCGACGAAUGGGCGAAGAAGCGCUGGGCCUUCCUCGCACCGAUAACCAAAAAUUUUUACGUUGAAGAUCGUCAGGUUGCGUCCAUGUCUGCAGAGGACGCGGCGUCCUUCAGGGCAGCCAAUAAUAAUAUAGUUGUCAAGUACUUGGGCCCAGAACAUAAGCCGCCACCAGACGUAGCGACUAACCCUGUGGAGACUUUCGAGCAGGCGUUUUCAAACUAUCCAGAAAUCUUGGACGAGAUCUACAAAAACAAGUUCUCGAAGCCGUCUCCAAUACAGAGCCAGGCCUGGCCAAUCCUACUGCAAGGUCAAGACCUCAUUGGAAUCGCACAGACAGGUACAGGGAAGACUCUGGCAUUCCUGCUACCAGCUUUGAUUCACAUCGACAGCCAGCCAGUUCCGAGAGAGGAGAGGAAAGGUCCUUCGUGCCUGAUUCUCGCUCCGACGCGCGAGCUUGCUCAGCAGAUUGAGCGGGAAGCAAAGAAAUACCAGUACCGAGGGAUAAAGUGUGUAUGCAUCUACGGCGGUGGCAGUCGGCGAGAGCAGAUACAGACCGUCAACCUUGGCGUGGAAAUCGUCAUCGCGACGCCCGGCCGCCUGAACGACCUCGUCAUGAACAAGGUAAUCGACCUUAACUUUGUCACUUUCUUGGUCCUGGAUGAAGCAGACCGCAUGCUGGACAUGGGCUUUGAGAUACAGAUCCGGAAGGUGAUGCUGGACAUAAGGCCUGACCGGCAGACAGUCAUGACAAGUGCUACUUGGCCAGACUGUGUGCGUCGCCUUUCCCAGCAGUACAUGACAAACCCAUUCCAGGUGUUCAUCGGCUCCUUGGACCUCGCCGCAGUGCACACAGUGACGCAGAAGGUCAUCCUGUGCGAGGAAGAGGAGAAGAGGGAGCAGCUCCUGGCCUUCUUCGACUCCAUGGAGCCUGAAGACAAAGUGAUCGUCUUUGUCGACAGGAAGGCCACUGUGGACCACCUGGCGAGCGACCUUGUCCUGGCUGGCAUCAACUGCGAUUCCAUCCACGGUUCCAGAGAGCAGUGCGACCGUGAGCAAGCACUCGACGACCUACGGGAUGGCAAGGUGCGCAUCUUGAUUGCCACCGACGUUGCCGCACGAGGGUUGGACAUCAAAGAUGUGACACACAUCUUCAACUAUGACUUCCCUCGCAACGUGGAAGAGUAUGUCCAUCGCGUGGGUCGCACGGGUCGAGCUGGGCGUACAGGCACAGCCAUCACGCUUAUAACUCGUGGCGACUGGAGGCAGGCUCGCGAGCUUAUCAGCAUCUUGGAGGAAGCCAGCCAAGAGGUCCCCACUGAGCUCUAUUCAAUGGCUGAGCGCUUUGAUGCUUGGAAGGAACGCCGUGCCAAGGAAGAGCAUAGCUUUGGCCUGGACCGCGGUGGCCGAGGUGGUGGUUCCCGGAGAGGAGGCGGCAGUUGGGGCGGUGGCCAUGGCAACCGUUGGUGAGGAGACGGUAGCUGUGAUAUGCUGUCAUCAAGGUUUUUGGAAUCACCAGUGUUGAAAUGUUCAUCAGCGUCAUGUGGCAGUCUUCCCACUACCAUGCAAGGACUUUAUCAUUUGCUAUGUUUUUUGGGAAAAGUUCUUUUAUCACUGGCUGACAAGUAAAUGAACUGUUGAUAACCCUGCAUGCAUCUUUGCUUAUGCUGAGCAUGAAGCCAAGAGAGCACAUUGCCCUCCUCCUCUAGUCAUGUGCAACAUAGCCUGCCGGCAUUCGCACCUCUAGGUGCCACUUUGCAUGCUGCAUGUGCUUUGUUAGCGAUUUCUGUUUCUUGGUGCAUGGAGGAGAGAAAAAGCAGUCUUAAAUGAAGGUAAGGUCUGUUCAAAAGGCACAGUUGGCUAGGAAUCGAGACACAUAUAAAGCAUGCGUUGCAAACUUAUGCCAAGGCGAUAUGAGCCACAAGUACACAAUUAUCCAUCACAUGCAAUUAAUGUGGCAGUGAGACAUUGUAGGCUAGCAUGAUACAACUGUAGGUUCAUAAGAAGGCUUAGUGCAAACUCUACACAAGGAGAUGGGACAAGGCGUCUUGUCCUGUUGCUGCCUUGUGUCGUGUUUGCCGUAAGCCUUAUUGUAAAUUUGCACCGACUAGCCCAAUCAGUGAAUGCAUUCUGCAAAACAAAGUGUAUUUUUGCUUUCUGUUUGACUAUAAUACCUGCUGAUUUGGAAAAAGUAGUUUUUCUGUUUUUGGAAACAAGUAAGCUGUUGGUGCCAUUGGCAUGCUUUGAACAAUGUGAGUAAA